GUUGCAAAUCUGCGUCGACGGAAGCUUCGGGAAGCUACAGCAGUCCUGGUUCUGCAAGUGCGUGCACAGCGCUUGGCAGGUCGCAGCUACAAGGCAAUGCGGCUACUCUUUUUGAGUCGGAAACACUUCGAAAGGACACUGUUAAGGUGCACAUUUCAGGGAGGCUUCGUUGCACUGUAUCACGCAGUUCUAGCCGACCGGCAGCACUUGCGUGCGUCAUUCCGCAGGUGGCGGGACAGUGCGACAUACGUAGGGCGCAUUUUAGCGGGUGCACGUGCCUUAGCUGCUCGACGAGUGGCGGCUCGCAAGACACUAAUUUUCGGGGCGUGGGUGUCUUUAGCGCGCGAAGGCCAGGCGAAGGAGG